UUGGGAAUGCUAGCACUCUUGGGAUCAUCCACUUCUGGAAUCCCAUGCUCUAUUCUUCUGGGACUGUGGCUGAAAAGAGAACAGCACAACGUCUGGCGGUGCUCCCGAGAAAUGAGUUUGCACGUCGGAGAUGGGUCUAGUCAGGAGUUGAGUGAAGUCCGGGAGGUGAUACUGGUGGUGGGUCAUGCUCAUGUCCAUCGCUCGUCGGUGCGGAUCGUGUCGCUGAGGAAGAGAACGAAGGGCACUGGGGACUGGGGAGUGUUCUUCUACUUCCAUUCACUCGUCGGUGCCGUCAUCUGGAUUUUAGGUUCUUUAUGGACCUUUCGGUGUUGCGCUUGCUUUGCGGGUCUUGCCAAUCUCGCUGUAGAUUUGAUCAUAAUCCCCAUCAAAGUUAUCAGAUGGUCAAUCUCUCCAAGGCCAUGCAUGGAGGUUCCCGUAGACACGUGAAAGUCUUCUCAGUGUAUCAUUAGGAAGAAAUUAUAAAAGAAAAUUCUUCUUUGGGCAACUCACUCAGAACCAAUCGUGGACAUUUUAAAGCCCAAAAUGCCCGUGAGAGCUUAAAUCAACUAAAAGUGAGCCUCAACCGGUCAUUGAUUUUGCCACGCAUUGAUAAUAUUGAGUCAGAAGAAGAAAUAGAUGUCGUCUUCCAUGAAUUAUGCGAUCAACUACAGAAUGCGCAUUCCUCCAGUGAAGAUGACACAGUGGUGAUAGUUGAUACUGUGGAUGGCAUUACUGUAGAAGAAAUUUUGGUUACAAAGACUGAUCUAGAACAUGAUGCUAAACUAUUACAUUUUGGACUAUUACAUUUUGUAUAUGUUUGUUGUAUUAGAUGUUUGACCUAUUAUAUUUUGUAUUGCAUUGUUAUUCUGGAUAUUUAUAGAUCGGAAUGUUUAUUUUGAAAAAUAU